UAAUGCUUUAGCAAUAGAAAAAUCCUGCAAGCUUGCUCCCUGCAGCUCCCAUAGUAAGAUCCGUUGCGGAAACACAAAUUUUAUUUAAGUGUUUUAAAAUCUUGAAAAUCACAUGAAUUAGUAGAUGGGAGAUAAAAAAUAAUGGUUGAAGAAGAUGAGGGCAUUAUUAUUAGGUCAUCAAAGAAGCAAAAGCAAAAGAAAGUGCCACAAAGAGGACUUGGUGUGGCACAAUUAGAGAAGAUCAGAUUGGAAGAGCAACAACAAAAAAAAGAUGUAAUUAAUUUGGGUCCAAAAUAUCACUCUUCUAAUUCUGAUAUGUCAUCAAUAUCAUCACCAAAUUCAAUACUUAAGCCUCAAAGUGUUCAUAUUUUUGACUCAACCACUAGUGUUCCACUGGCUAAUUUGGAUUGGCAAUCAGUUUCUGGUCAUGAUCAUAUAAUGCCUAAGUUAUGGAAUCUUGAAAAAGAGGUUAAUUAUGGGGUGGAUCCUGGGUUGGCUUUUAGAUCGAGUUUCAAUUUGCCUUAUGAGUCCAAUUCUACGUGGCCUCUACAUAAUUUGAUGCAAAGAUCAGAGUAUCAACCUCCUACCCAAAUGAUAAAUGUGUCAUCAGCAAGUUCAUCAACAUCUUCUCUAAAUUUGCAUAUGGAGCUCCCUUCAAACCAAAAUUAUUGUAGCAAUCAUACUCCUCUUUGGCCAGAGGAAGACAAGAUGGUUGGCACGAAAAGGCCAUAUCCGUUUUAUGUAGAAAAUCCUGCAUUUCAUUGCAAAUUCCCUACUGUUGUAAACCCUAUUGGCAGAUCAGAUGAGUCAACUUCAUUUGGCCAUGCAACCACUUUCAAUCUCAUUCCUUAUUUCAGAGAAUGCAACUCAUACUCUGAUUCAGUGGUAGAGCCCAAUUCCAAGAAAAACAGCAUAAAAGAAAAUUGGGAUUCCAAUGGAGAUUUUCUAACACUAGCCCCACCACUUACAACUACCUUGUCUUCCCCAAAUUCUAAGUUGAAGAGACCUUCUGCUUACCAAAAUGAAACAUUUGAUUUUAAUUCACUACCUUAUCAAGGAAAUGUCAAAGAUUUGAUGGUUGAGGCACAAGCAAAUGUACCAGAUCAACUGCAGCCUUACUUCAGCUUUCUGCCACCAGCAAUUAUUCAAAUUGGCCACCAGCUUUCUGCCACCAGCCUUAAAAUUGGUGAAGUAGGAGAAAAUGUUGAUCUCAGUUUGAAGUUGUAAAAUCACUUUUAUAGUAACUUUUUUUUUUCUGUAUUUAUUUUUGUAAUAAUUUUUUCAUUUUUUUUUCUAUUAAUUCUCUAUGCUCUAUCUUUUGUGACUGCAAAUAAAGAGAGCAUAGAGAUUACUUGUCCUUUUCUAGUGAUAUUUUUUGGGUACAAUAUUAUAUUUAAAUAGAAGUCUUUAUAAUAA